AUGGCUGAAGACCACAACCAUAGAGAACAAUCGCCCUCCGAGGAGACGCCGCUCAUUACGCAUGUGUCUCAACCUUUGGAUGAGGUUCCAAAUUCCGUGUCAUUUAUCAGAGGGUCGAUCAUAGUCCUAUCUACGGGGAUGCUACUAUUUAUCCAAACUACCAACAUGUCAAUGAUGACCACGGCCCAGUCUGAUAUUGCGGCAGACUUAGACGCCUUCUCACAGACAACGUGGUUCAAUUCUGCCUAUCUGAUUGCAGUGUCUAGUGUAACUCCCAUCGCCGGGCGACUCUCUCAGAUCUUCAGACCCCGGCUAUAUAUUCUUUUCUCGUGUAUACUUUUGGCUACGGGGCUUUUUAUCACUGCAGUAGCUUCAAGCUUGACUAUCUUUCUUUUUGGACGAGCACUGACUGGAUGCGGUGGCGGCGGCCUCAUGGUCACCGCGAUUAUUUUGACCCUUGAUUUGGCUAGCAACAAGCGCAGAGGUCUCUUUAUUGGCUUGAUCAAUGUUGGGAUGACGACUGGUAUUGCGUCUGGUGCAGUACUCGCAGGUUUGUUGACACCAGCAUAUGGAUGGCGCAUUAUAUUCUGGACCCAAGCACCUCUUGCGUUGAUUUUAGGUCCGAUCCAGUUUUACGCUAUUCCAGAUAAUUUGGGAGACAAAUCUGAACAACUGAGCGAACAUACUUUGCUUCAGAAGCUGGCAAAAGUGGACUAUCUUGGGGCCGUUGCUCUGACAACUUCGGUUUUCUUGCUACUCUAUAGCCUUGCAUCAUCUGAGAUUACCAUUGCUCCGAUACUCUUAUGCCCUGUUGCCUUUGCUGGAUUCCUGUUAAUCGAGGGGAAGUUUGCCUCGGAGCCCAUUAUACCCGUGGAGGUGCUCCGCAUGAGGAGUGUGUUGUUGACAUGUUUGGCGGGCCUUGUAUCAAUGAUGGCACGCUGGUCGGUUCUCUUCUUCUCCCCAGUUUAUGCGCUGGUGGUCCGGAAUUGGUCCCCUGCUUCUGCCGGAUUAAUCCUGGUUCCAACCAACGCUGGUUUUGGGCUAGGUGGCGUUCUGGUGGGAUGGUUACAUAUCCAAGCUUUUACUAACCGUAUUAGUUCCUGCCUUGUUUCAUUCUCGGUCUUUGGGCUGUCGACUUUAGUUCUGACCACUCUUUCCACACCCGAUUCACUCGCUCUCACCUACCUAUUCUUCACAUUCCUGAACGGCCUCUCUAUUGGUGGCCUGAUGAAUUACAGUCUAUCCCACGUCCUUCAUCUCACGAGUGCGGACGUGCACUAUAUUGUGACCGCUCUAUUGGGCAUGUCAAGAGGAUUUGCAGGAAGUUUUGGGUCAGCUAUCGGUGGAGGAUUCUUCCAACGGGAACUAAAGAGAAGACUAGAAAGAGGCUUUGCAGAGCAUGGUUUGCCUGGGAGAGACGAACUCAUCCGAAAGCUGCUGGGAAGCCCUACCCUAGUAGGAAACUUGGCGGGCGCGGAACGAGCAGUUGCUGUCCAGAGCUAUGAGCAGGCUGUAAAGGUACUUUUCCUGGGCAGCUUUAUAAUCAAUUUUGCGGCAGUAGCUGCACAAGCAGGUACAGGCUGGAAACCUUUCGAUGUUAAAGGGAAGAGUCGGGAAGAGAGCCGGCAAGAGGAUUUAGAAGAGCGUAUAGAGAGGGAAGAUUAA